AUAGGGUUCACUAAUAUGAUGUGAUGAUUCCCAUAGUUGUAAGACAAACAACUGUGUCUAUGAGAAGGUGGUCAGACAGGCAGUAAAUGUUAAUGUAUAAUUUAAACUUACUAUUCUCAGACUCAUACAUAUAAAUGUACAUGUAUGAUACACACAUAUUAUUAUAGAUAGCAUAUGAAGGUGUGAUCAUAUGCAACCAUAUUGAUUUCACCGAGACAUAGAUCAAUAGCGAAAGGACGGAUAUGACUGAUUAAAUGUGAUCGUGAUGUUUAUGCCAAUUACCUUGAAUAUAUAUUAUUAAUACGGAUAAGUUACAGUUACGGGGAAAUAAUUUUUACACCUAAAAACAUACAAAUCAAGUUAUAAUGAGCAGAAAAUUACUUACACAGUAGAUCACACUAGAACGGUACAUAAAUCUAAUUGUAAACUAUUCAAUGGAUAAAGCCUAAAUUCACACAAGCUAAAAUAUCAUUCAAUGGAAAGUCAAACAUUAACAUCGGCAACGUUAUCACAUUCUGAAUCUGUCGGUUCGUUAAAUGAACGUAGUUCUGAUGCUGUAGCACAGUCACCAUCCACUCUACGUUUGACAAUUAGCCCAAAAUUAGAAUCAGAUUUACAAAAUAAUAGUGAUAAUCAACUUGAUAAAAUUCAAAUUGAUACAGAUAAAUCUGAGAAAAUUUUUCUUCUACCUGGCACUGAACGUGUUGUAAAAGUUAUUAAAAAAUUCAAUAUUUCUGACAAUAAUGAUAACGAAUUCACUAAGCAUGAUAAUGAAAUAUUUUUUGAUAACAAUAUUCUUAAUGCAGAUAAUGAACUUGAUUUGAAUGCUUAUAGAAAAAACCAGUAUACUUCUAAAACAGAACAUAAAUAUUACAAAACAAAUGUAGUACAUAAAAGGCAUCAUACAGAACAUCACACAAGUCGUAGACAUCGAGAACGUCAUCAUCAACAUCGACGUCGUCAACAAUAUCAUCAACAUGAUGAAUAUGUUAGUGGUACUCGAAGCAGCGAACAAUCUCUAUCACCAAAGGCAGGAGAAUUUUUAGAGAAAGCAAAAAAUGACAGACACCGAAAACCCAUGACAUCAGUUCAAAGCUCAAUUAUAUGUGAUCCAAACAACAAUAGCAAUGAAAAGCGUGUAAUUAGUCGUUUACAUGUGAUAGCACCAGGACCUGCUCAAUCAUCUGAUUUAGACAAGAAUGUAGUGAUUUCAACUGAUGAAUUUCUUGACAAAAAUCAAAAUGCACAAUCUUAUUUAAGUUCUCCAAAUACAAAUGUAAGCUUAUCAGAAUUAAAACAGAAUCGAUUGUUUUUACCAAGUAGUAUUGCUAGAACUCAUAAUAGAUAUAAAACUCGUUCGCGACAGAGUGAACGUAAAAGUCAAUACGAAAAGGCACAUUCUUCACUAAAUCGACUAUGUUCCCAUAUUUCACAUGAUUCCGGUGUUUGUCAAAAAUGUCAUAAUGCUACCUGUUCAAAAUGUAAUGAAAAUAUUUAUCAUUCAAAUCAUUACAAUAGUGAUUCACGAUCAUUACAUCGUGCCGAUAUGUAUUGUAGUCGAAGGCUGCGUGGAGUAAGUUGUUCCUCGUCAUUAGAUCAUAUAUGUCAGUUAGAUUCAAGUCGGAAAUAUAAAUCAUUGAGUGGUUCAAAAUUGUUUCUACACUCUGGUCACCAUAAUCAUAAUCAUCAUCAUCAUUAUCAUCAGCAACCACAUCGACAUUUAGGUUAUGCUAAGUCGAUACCUUCUUUGAGCACAUUAGAUUUACAUGACACAAAUUCACUUUAUACAUAUAGCCUGGGAUCUAAUCGUCAUAUAAAUUUUAUGGAAAUUGAAUAUAUGCAAAUCGACAAUAAUGGUAAUGAUAAUGAUAACAAAAAUCUACCUAUGGGAUUAUCAAACGAAAAAUUAAAUUGGAUUACAAAUUUAGCACGUGAAUCAUUAACCAAAACAACAGAUCGUGAUUUAUUGGCUAAAUUAAUGAAAGAAGCAUUAGACCAACAUUUUGGUAAAUUAUGGCAUUCCAUUGUGGGCACUGAAUCAUAUGGUAGUCAUUUAGCUACAUUACCUGGAUCACUGGUUAGUUUUAGAGUAGACAAAUGGGCGUUUUUACUUUGGCAAACAUAAUAAAUAAAACUGUAUCAUCUCUCCUUAAAAUUACAAUAAUCAAAGAUAUUACUUUUAUGUGUAUCAUUACAAAUUAAAAUGUAAAACUUCACUAACAAAUAUAAUCCAUCUUUUUACAUGAGAUAUGAUGCACUUAGUUUUUGUUGUAUUUAUCAUUACAAUUUUGUAGACCGUUGUUUCAUCAAGAUUAUUACAGAACGUUGUACGAACUAUAUCAUUUUUCAUUAUUUACCAAUGCUAAUCGAUGCAUAAACUUACUUACUUUUGAUUUUUUUUAUUUUUCGAAUAUCCACUGAAAAGUGUUGAACAAUUGUUUCUUUUCUAAAUUGAUGAAGUGAUUAAGAAUUAAAAACUUUGUCUAUCGGUCCCAAUUUGAUAUGUAUGUACACUAAAAAUUAUUUUUAAAAUGGUGAAAAUUAACAAAUUCCUCAGUGAUUUCGGUUCUAUGUCAUUUGAGUUUGUUGCUGAUUAAGGCAUUGAGACUUGAACUUAGUAGCCAAUGUUUAUUUAUACGUUAAAACAUCGUCUUUCGAGUGGAAAAGUUUGAUUAUCUCUUCUUUUUAAUAUUCGAAUUAAUUACUGUUUGUUUCAUUUUAUCUUUGCGACACAUGUCAAUUAAUUGGAUAUAUUUUAUUUUCUACAUUCCUUAAAUUAUACAAUUUUUCUGCGUCAAACGGUGUAGUAAUUUUAUCUGGUGUUUUCAAUGGUAUCUGUGACUUUAGGUCAUGGCAACAAUUCACAAUUUGUAAUUUUUCCUCAAUAAAAUGCAAAGAAAUUGAUUGUACAUGAACUAUUUAGACAUCGAGAGAUACUAGAAGUUCAAUAAAACCGUUAUUAAGCUACCAA